CACCACAAGCCCCAUCUCCUCAAACACACUCUCUUCCUCUCUAAACCGAGCAGCCAGCCAGCCACUCUCUCUUUCUCUCCAGGCAACAAACAGGGAGAGAUCAUCAUAAAAAAUGGUUGCAGCCGAGCAGGAGAAUGGCAGCAGCGUUGCCAUGGCGGCUGGCAACAUGAACAGCAAGGCGCAGCUGGUGUCGGUGAAGCGCGGGGAGCCUUCGCUGGUGGCGCCGGCGGAGCCGACGCCCACAGGGGAGCACUACUACCUGUCCAACCUCGACCAGAACAUCGCCGUCAUCGUGCAGACGGUCUACUGCUUCAAGUGCCCGCCGUCGGGCCGCGGGCACGAGGCCGGCGCGGCGGACGCGCUCCGGGACGCGCUGUCCCGGGUGCUCGUCCACUACCACCCGCUGGCCGGCCGCCUCGCCAUCAGCCCGGAGAUGAAGCUCGCCGUGGACUGCACCGGCGAGGGCGUCGUGUUCGUCGAGGCCGACGCCGCAUGCGACCUCGCCGACAUGGGUGAUCUCUCGACCACCCCUGACCCGGCGGCGCUGGGCCAGCUAGUCUACUCCAUCCCGGGCGCCAAGAACAUCCUCCAGAUGCCGCCCAUCACGGCGCAGGUGACGAGGUUCAAGUGCGGCGGCUUCAGCCUGGGCCUGGCGAUGAACCACUGCAUGUUCGACGGGCUGGGCGCCAUGGAGUUCGUCAACUCGUGGGCCGAGAUGGCCCGCGGCGCCACGGAGCUGACGGUCCCCCCUUACCUGGACCGGGCCGCCGUGCUCCGGGCCCGCGACCCGCCGCUCAUCUCCUUCCCGCACCGCGAGUUCGAGGAGAUCCCCGACGUGUCCGGCAUGGCGGCCCUCUACGGCGACCAGGACCUCACCUACCGCUCCUUCUGCUUCGGCCCGGACCGGCUGGAGCGCGUCCGCGGCCUGGCCCAGUCCCAGGCCCAGGCCAGCUUCACCACCUUCGAGGCGCUCUCGGGCCUCGUGUGGCGCGCGCGCACGGCGGCGCUGGGCCUGGCCCCGGAGCAGCAGACGAAGCUGCUCUUCGCCGUGGACGCGCGCCGCCGCCUGUCGCCGCCGCUGCCGCGCGGCUACUUCGGCAACGGCAUCGUGCUGACGAACGCGCUGGCCACGGCGGGGGACCUGCUGGCGUCGCCGGUGUCCAGCGCCGCCGCCAUGGUGCAGGACGCCGUGCGGAUGGUCACGGACGAGUACGUCCGGUCCGCCGUGGACUACUUCGAGGCGACGCGCGCCAGGCCGUCCCUGGCGUCCACGCUGCUCAUCACCACGUGGUCGCGGCUCGCCUUCGACGGCGCCGACUUCGGCUGGGGACAGCCGGCGAUGUCCGGCCCCGUCACGCUCCCGGAGAAGGAGGUCAUACUCUUCCUGGCGCACGGACAGGAGAGGAAGAGCAUCAACGUCCUGCUCGGACUCCCGGCGUCCGCCAUGGACGCCUUCCAGGAACUCAUGGACGAGAUAUGAUGAUCGAGCUAGCGGAUACACAAUCAUAUAUAUAUGGGUGGCGUUUUUAUAUUUUGCAAAUUAAUGGUUAUGUUGAACUGUGGUGAGUGUGGGUCAUUUCAUUAUCGUUACUACUCUAUAUAUGCAUUGUGUAGUAAUUCCUGUAGUGUUCAAUUUGAAGAUUUGUUCCCCGUUGUAAGCUGGUUUGAGGAGUAUAUAAUGAAAGAAUAGUGGCAAUUGCCCGGCCGUGGUUUAAUAUUAAUAUUAUUGGGAGUA